CUGUCGUAAGUUCCCAAUCUUAGUCGAAAGGCCAAACGGUCAAAGUGUAAUUUACUUCAAAUUUACCAACAUUUCAAAUCCACACCUGACUUCUGAGAAUUCAAAUCCUCCUGGAAGUGGAAACCCCCUCCAAUUCCCAUUCCCCCAGAAACAAUCCCUAGAAUUUCGUUCAUUUCCUCUCUCUCUCCUCUUUUUCCCCAACUUUCUCUCUCUACUCUGAUCCUGAUCUCGAAGAUGCAGAGCACUGCAUUCACGUUCUCUCCAUCAAUUUCAAUUCCGAAGCUUCGAACCUCUUCGAACCCUAGCUCCCUAUAUAGAUUCAAUCGUAUAUCUACCCGUCCGCCUUCGAGAUCGCUUGAUUUCGUCUCCGCCUCUUCGCUUCGUCGAUUGUCGCCAAUUUUCUGUUCUUCAAGUUCGUCGUCGUCGUCGUCGAGAUUGAAUGGCUGGAUUUCGACUCCGGCUGUAGUGGCCGAGCGCGAAUCGGAUGGUUUCGAGGUUCGGGCAGCGUCGGAGAGUGCUGGAGAGAGUGCUAAGUCGAGUAGCUUGACGAGCACGCUUCAGCUUGGGUCUCUGUUUGGACUUUGGUAUCUCUUCAACAUAUACUUCAAUAUCUAUAACAAGCAGGUUUUGAAAGUGUUCCCUUUUCCAUUAACUGUCACCACAGUUCAGUUUGCCAUUGGGACUGUACUCGUUAUUUUAAUGUGGACAACUAAUCUCUACAGAAGGCCAAAAAUCAGCGGUGCACAGCUUGCAGCAAUCCUCCCACUGGCUGUGGUGCACACCCUAGGCAACCUUUUCACAAAUAUGAGUCUUGGAAAAGUUGCUGUUUCAUUCACUCACACGAUUAAAGCCAUGGAGCCCUUUUUCUCAGUUGUCCUCUCUGCUAUGUUUCUAGGGGAGAUGCCCACUCUCUGGGUGGUUUCUUCUCUGUUACCAAUUGUUGGUGGAGUGGCACUGGCAUCAAUGACCGAGGCAUCUUUUAAUUGGGCUGGGUUUUGGAGUGCAAUGGCUUCUAAUUUGACCAACCAAUCUCGUAAUGUCCUUAGCAAAAAGUUUAUGGUUAAGAAAGAGGAUUCUUUGGACAACAUUACUCUCUUCUCAAUUAUAACAAUUAUGUCCUUCAUCUUGCUGGCUCCAGUUACUUUUUUUGUGGAAGGAGUCAAGAUCAUCCCUUCAUACCUUCAAUCUGCUGGAUUGAAUGUCAGACAGGUUUACACUAGGUCUUUCCUUGCUGCACUCUGCUUCCAUGCAUAUCAGCAGGUUUCUUAUAUGAUAUUGCAGAGGGUAUCCCCAGUUACCCACUCUGUGGGCAAUUGUGUGAAGCGGGUGGUUGUAAUUGUGACCUCUGUUCUCUUCUUCCGCACACCUGUUUCACCUAUCAACUCUCUGGGAUUAUUUUUUUCCUUACUUUUGCUGCAGGCACUGGAGUGGCCCUAGCCGGAGUGUUCCUGUAUUCAAGGGUGAAGCGCAUAAAGCCAAAGCUAAAGACAGCUUGAAGUUCUUACGUCGAGAAAUUUUGUGGGUAUAUUGGUUGUUUAUACGAGGAACAGAUGUUACGACAUUCGAGGACUUUGGUUUGUAUAAUCCGAGAAAUAGAUGGUUUAAUUCUUUUACUAGGUCUUCUUCAUAGUUUUACUGGCUGCAAAUAUGAUGGUCCGGGGAAACCAUUUUUUGCUGAGUUUUGUGCUUUUAAUUAGCACUUGUUAAGUAAUAGCUAUUUCAAAUGUAGAAUAUAUUAAUCUACCCAUAUCUGGAAGGUAGUAUGAGAUCCACUCUGUUAUCAGAAAAUGGAGCUUUAAGCAUGGUUACUCCCAAAUGCCGCCCCCAUGUUCUAUUUGAUUAAUUAAAAUGAGAUGGAAUGAAAUAAAAUAACUUUUUUGCUUGA